AAUUUUUUGCAGCUGUCAAAAUAACACAGCCAACCAGAGAUCGAAGAAAGCUUUUAUAAUAAGCGGGUCUCGUGACAAAUAGUUUUGCAAACGAAUAUUUAUCAAACAAUCCGUUGCUUAUUCUUUCGCUCGGACGUGGAACGGCGGUCAGACCGCGAUGCUACGGUGGACAGUCCAUCUGGAGGGAGGGCCGCAGAGGGUGAACCACGCGGCAGUGGCCAUCGGGGGGUGCGUGUUCUCGUUCGGGGGCUACUGCACGGGCGACAACUACCGCGUCGUCAGGCCCAUCGACGUGCACGCCCUCAACACCUCCACCUACCGAUGGAUGCCCGUGGCCGUGCAGGACACCGAGCACAUCACCCCUUUCCAGCGUUACGGACACACGGUGGUCGCCUUCGAGGGCAAGGUCUACCUGUGGGGCGGCCGAAACGACCUGAUGGCCUGCAACACCCUUUACUGCUUCAACCCUGCCACUCGCAGCUGGACGGCCCCUGUGGUGACGGGACAGGUGCCGAACGCUCGUGACGGCCACUCGGCCUGCGUCCUCGGCCACUGCAUGUACAUCUUCGGAGGCUUCGAAGAGGAGUUUGACAGGUUCACGCAGGAUGUGUAUUGUCUUGACCUGACAACUAUGCAGUGGCAUUUUGUCCGCACAAAGGGUUCUCCACCUUCCUACCGAGACUUCCACACCGCCUCGGCUAUCGGCCACUGCAUGUACAUUUUUGGUGGCAGAGGCGACGUCAGUGGACAGUACCAUAGCUACGCUGAGGUUUACUGCAACAAGAUCACCUACCUCGACACAGUGACCCGGACGUGGCACGAACUGGAGACCACGGGACAACCUCCUCCAGGUCGACGAAGCCACUCAAUGUUUGUCUACAAAGGGAGUCUCUACAUGUUUGGUGGCUACAACGGCAACUCCAAUCUGCACUUCAACGACCUCUUCUGCUUCGACCCGAGAACCAACAACUGGACUGAAUUGAAACCCCUCGGAAUUCCACCUUGCCCUCGAAGAAGACAGUCUUGCUGCUUGUGUGGCGACCGAGUCUUUCUCUUUGGUGGCACCAGUCCGAAACCUGCUGUGCCAAUGGAAGUGGACGGAAUUCAAGAUAACAGUCCGUUGCAGGACCACAAUGAUCUGCAUGUUCUCGAUUUUGCACCCACUUUGAAAACUCUCUGCUUUUUGGCGAUGGGGAAGCACAAAAUCGACUGCAAGAAUGUUCCUUCUGUUCUCAUCCGAGACUUUGCAAUGAUGACAUCUCACAACAAUAUCACCAACAUCACCCGUCCUGAGCAUAGAGGAUAAUUUAUUUAUUUUCUUAAUUUAAAUAUCAUGUAUUUUUUUUUAAUGCGGCCACUUAUUUAAUUAUUAUUUAUAUAUUAGUGCAAUUUUUGUGAAUGGAAAAGAAAUGUUAACACUUUUUCGUAUAAUUUAUUGUGAUCUAUAAUUGUGAAAGAUUAAUUCUCAUUAAUAAAUUAUUGCAUUUUUUAAACCUAUGUCAAGUCUACAAUAAAUGAUAUUAAACUAA